CCGAUUGAUAAGCCGUCAGUGCGAGAGGUUGAGUGUAGGUGUGUGUUUGAUUUUAUUUAAUAGUUUUAUAUUUUUAUCCGUAAAACAUUUGUAAUGGCCGAGACGAAGAUGAGAUGGACUCUGUUGUACAUUUUCGCCGGGCUGAUAAGCUCCUUAGCUUUGUUUGCCGCAUUGUAUUAUGUUUUCUCCGGCCAAGGCGAGAGGCUAGACUUCGGAUGGUUCCUCCUGACUCAACCCCCUCACAUGUGGGCCAACCUGGGGAUUGGUCUCUCAGUGUCUUUGUCUGUGGUCGGCGCAGCUCUGGGAAUUCACACUGUCGGCGUGAGUAUAUCAGGAGCUGGAGUGAAAACGCCGAGAAUCAGGACGAAAAACCUCAUAUCCGUAAUUUUCUGUGAGGCUGUUGCUAUUUACGGACUCAUAACUGCCAUAGUGUUUUGUGGUAUUCUACAGCCCUACCCGUUUUCCUCGGAUAUCUCGACGAUGCCGCAGAACGACACGUUCCACGUCAACUGGAUGGCAGGGUAUGUUCUGUUCUGGGCAGGACUAGCUGUUGGGUUCGUGAAUCUGUUUUGCGGAGUGUCCGUCGGUGUCGUGGGCUCUGGAGCAGCAAUCGCUGACGCCGCCAACCCCGCUCUCUUCGUCAAGAUCUUGAUCAUAGAGAUUUUCGGUAGUGCCAUCGGCCUUUUUGGUCUCAUAGUUGGAAUUUACAUGGCAUCGCAUGUGAAAAUGGGGAGCAAGCCGUAAAAUGUAAGGAUUGAUUUAAUAAAAUUUUGUAUUGUAAAGUUAAGAAAGAUUUUCAUGUUUAAAAUACAGGAUAUGAAAUUAAA